AUGUCUCAGGAUCCCGGAGAGGCACCGACCCAUUCCCCUACGCCGGAGUACGGCGUCCCAACCUUACCAGACGUCAUGCACAGCGGUUCUCCAGAGGAAGGCUGGUGCGAAGACCAGAGCUCAGGCGGUGCUCCGAGACCAAGGCCGCAAGCCCCAGUCCCAGUCCCAGUCAAACGCUCAGCCUCACUGGGGUCCAAGCCUAAACGAGAAGGUGCUGGAGUAAAAACGCCCUCAAGUUCCUGGAUAGUCCUUUACGAGAUCUUUGGGGACCUUCACGUCUCACCACCAGAGUUAGUCGCAACUUCGGAGGGCGAGUCGCUAAGUAGUUCCACUCUCCUGAAAAACCUACCCAAGUUUCUGAAAGAGAACAAUGACGUCAUGUUCGUCCUCCACAAAGGCUACUCAACAGUUACGAGGGCAAUGUACCUUAUCCCCUUAGACGAACAAACACGUUCUCACAGAGCAGACUUCAUGUAUAUUACAUUGGCCGAGCCAAUGAUUGAAGCUAUGGAGUCAAUGGUGGAACGUGUCCGAUCCUCUGACAGAACGUUUCACAAUAUCCACUUCAACGAAGAUAUUCCGCAUCCGUAUCUACCCUUAUACUUUCUAUAUCCAUGGCUUGAUAAAGUCAUCCCCAAGCUGGAUCCGGUCUUUGUUGAGAGGAUUGAAACCCUGUACGACUUUCUGGAGGAGUACCAAGGACUCGAAUACACGCGCGCGCGAGAGAUGAUAUCUCGGGGUUGCGUCGACCACAGCACGAUGCCAUAUCUGGUCCACCCUGGUCAAGUCCUGGUCACGAGGCGAGGUCAAGACACAGUUGCAUUCAUGGCGACAUCCUCGGCAAAGUACAACACCCAACUACCCAUGAGCAAUGCCCGUCCAGGGCAGCAACAUGUGUCGGGUUCAAAUUCCAACAAAACCCAGACCAUAGCCCCCAAAGAAGCGCGUUAUUGCGACUUGUGGCAGGUCAGAGGAUGGAACUGGAAGUUCAACGGCACCUUUGAGAAGAAGUCUGCCACCAUCGACAUUUUCGUUCCUGUGACUCACGCUGAGAUGAGGAUUGCCGACCUCAAUGCCCACCCGCUUGAAUUUGCUGAUAUCGACAGAAGAGAUCUGCUGGAGAGGAGAGGAAGGACCUUUUGGAAAUGCAGGCUGAGGAAGUUCGUGUCUUACACCGCAGAUGAAGACGACGAUUUCGCUGGUACCAGCGAUCGGUACAUGAUCGACUAUCGAACGUAUCACAGACUACAUCCCGAGUCAAAACCCAGAGCUGGACGCGAUGACAUCGGAAAGGCAGCCAUGCUAGACAAUGAUUCCCCACCAGAUGACACAAUCUUUCUAUUUCCCACAAAACUUAUUGGUUUCAACUUCAGAUUGAAGAAAUGGAUGCAACUUUUUGUAGACCGCAUAUCAGAGCCUCAAUGGAACAAAAAGGCCUUUGAAAGCCUCGUUGUUGAGGAUGACACUAAACUCUUACUAGAGGCUCUCGUCACAGAACAGAUCGCUGCAGAAAAGUCCACUGAUAUUAUUAGUGGGAAGGGCAACGGCCUGCUGAUCCUCUUGCAUGGUGGCCCGGGAACCGGAAAGACAUUUACCGCCGAAGGUGUAGCAGAAAUGACCGAGAAACCGCUGUACCGAGUGACCUGCGGGGACAUUGGCACGAAACCCGAUGAGGUUGAAAAGAGGAAUGCAUUGGUCUCCGUUUUUCUCCGUGUUCUGGAGUACUACGAUGCUUUCAAGUCCCGAAUCCAGCUGGCUCUCCACUACACUAACCUCAAAAAGUCGCAGCGCCGCAAAAUUUGGCGCAACUUCAUCACCAGGCUAAAAGAGCUGGGGGAGACCAACAUCGACUAUGACGACAUCCUCGACAACAUGGAUGAGCUGUGUAUGGAGGAGAUGAAUGGGCGCCAGAUCCGCAACUCCAUCACAAUCGCACGCCAGCUGGCGCAGUUCAAGAAAGAGGUUUUUUCCUACAAGCACUUGAAAAAUGUCAUCGGAGUGUCGAAACGGUUCGAAACCUACUUAAACAGUGUGAAUCAUGGUUACACGGACGAUCAACUCGCGCAGGAUGCUGGUCUCAGAUUUCAUAAGGCUUAG